CAAAAUAACCAAGGAAAGAGUGGUACUUGAAACGUCAGCUCCAUACACAUAAUAGACUAAGAAGAAAAUGGGUUUUCUUCCAUUUCCUCCUAGUACUACACCAGCCUUUCAGAGACUCUGCCUCUUUGUUCUCUUCAUCACAUUGUCUUUCAUUCCUGAGCAUGCAUUUGCAGCCACAAGGCACUACAAGUUCCAUAUCAAACUGCAAAAUGUGACACGGCUCUGCCACACCAAGAGCAUUGUGACCGUAAAUGGACAAUUUCCAGGACCUAGAAUUGUAGGGAGGGAAGGUGACCAACUUCUGAUAAAAGUGGUGAACCAUGUCCAAAACAACAUCUCCAUCCAUUGGCAUGGCAUUCGACAACUUCAAACGGGUUGGGCAGAUGGACCUGCAUAUGUCACCCAAUGCCCCAUUCAAACUGGACAGAGCUAUGUCUACAAUUUCACCAUUAUUGGCCAAAGAGGAACUCUGUUCUGGCAUGCUCACAUAUCAUGGCUAAGAUCAACUGUCUAUGGUCCUUUGGUCAUUCUUCCUAAGCUAGGCGUUCCUUACCCAUUCACCAAACCUUACAAGGAAGUUCCUAUCAUCUUUGGAGAGUGGUGGAAUGCAGAUCCAGAGGCAGUCAUUGCCCAGGCCAUGCAUACAGGUGGAGGUCCAAAUGUUUCUGAUGCUUAUACCAUGAAUGGACUGCCAGGGCCUUUGUAUAAUUGCUCUGCCAAAGGUAUAGAUACACUGAAGGUGAAGGUGAAGCCAGGAAAGACUUACCUUCUGCGACUAAUCAAUGCAGCACUCAACGACGAGCUCUUCUUCAGCAUUGCAAACCACACUCUCCAAGUGGUUGAAGCCGAUGCUAUUUAUGUAAAACCCUUUGAAACAGAGACCCUUCUCAUGGCCCCUGGACAAACCACAAAUGUUCUUCUCAAAACCAAACCCCACUUCCCAAAUGCCACAUUCUUCAUGACUGCUAGACCAUAUGUUACAGGUUUAGGCACAUUCGACAACUCCACAGUUGCUGGUAUUCUUGAAUAUGAACCUCCAUCUCAUUCAACAUCACUCUCCAUUAAGAAACUUCAACUCUUCAAACCACUUCUUCCUGCUCUCAAUGACACUUCUUUUGCAACAAAAUUCACCAAUAAACUCCGCAGCUUAGCCAAUGCCCAGUUCCCUGCUAAUGUCCCCCAAAAGGUUGACAAGAGAUUUUUCUUCACAGUAGGCCUUGGAACAAAUCCUUGCCAGAAUAACCAAACAUGCCAGGGGCCUAAUGGAACCAUGUUUGCUGCUUCUGUCAAUAACAUUUCCUUUGCACUCCCAAACACUGCCCUCCUCCAAGCCCACUACUUUGGGCAAUCCAAUGAGGUUUACGCACCAGACUUUCCGAGCAAUCCCAUUUUCCCAUUUAACUAUACAGGAACUCCACCAAACAAUACAAUGGUGGGAAAUGGAACAAAGCUUGUGGUUCUUCCAUUUAACACUAGUGUGGAGCUGGUGAUGCAGGACACCAGCAUUCUCGGUGCAGAAAGCCACCCUCUCCAUCUUCAUGGAUUCAAUUUCUUUGUUGUUGGUCAAGGUUUUGGGAAUUUCGAUCCAAAUAAAGACCCUGCAAACUUCAAUCUGGUUGACCCUAUUGAAAGAAACACUGUGGGCGUGCCUUCUGGUGGUUGGGUUGCUAUUCGUUUUCUGGCAGAUAAUCCAGGUGUAUGGUUCAUGCAUUGUCAUUUGGAGAUCCACACGAGCUGGGGCUUGAAGAUGGGUUGGCUAGUCUUGGAUGGAAAGCUUCCCAAUCAAAAAUUGCUUCCUCCUCCAGCUGACCUUCCCAAAUGUUGAUAUUUUACUACCUCCUUUCAGAAUUUCCUAACCUUAAAUUGUUUCUCAUAAUCUUUAAUUUGUUAAGCGAUUUUUAUUCUUUGCAUUGGUAUUCUUUUUUGGUUCAUGGAAGUGUGGAAAUAAAGAGUGUGAGCUAAUUUUUGUAAUACUACUCGAACAUCAAAAUCUCAAUAAUAUUGUCAAAGUAUAUAUAUACAUGAAUCUAUCUAUUUCACUGACAAUGUUCUUUGUCAAUGACAAUAUGACAAUAUAGUAUUUCUUAUUGAAAUUCACUAUUUACAUGUCUCAAAGUCUCAAAGUCUCAUAUACAAAAUGAAUAAUCAAACAUAUUCUGAAUUCUUGUUGUCUCUGUCAAUGUCCUUCCAAGAAAUUGAUGUUUUCAACGGAGUUUAUUAGUGGUUGUGUGAAGAUUCAUCAAACACAGCCAUUGAAAUCUUGGAGUUAGUGAUUGAGGAUGAAAUAGAAAACCUAUUAUUCUUAUUCUUCUUCGCUGCUAUGAGCUUUCUUUUUGCUAUUGCCUUCUUCCUUUCUUUAGAAAGUUUGUUAAGGAUAGAAAUUCCACCCAUUAAUACUUUUCCACAUGUACAACAUACC